AUGUCCUUCGAUACUUUGCAAAAAUCAAAAACUCUACGAAAAAUUCUGUGGUUUGUCGGCUUAUGGACAGAGGACGAUAAAGGCGCCUUGCCAGCGAUGGUUAAAUCUCUACUCAUUCACGUUCCAUUAUCAUUUACGUACACAAUUCUUAUGUGGAUGGAUGUGUAUUUUAGUGCUGAUCUAAAUCAGGCUACAGACGUCUUAUACGUAGCCCUUACCGAGACGGCACUGGUGGUGAAGAUCAUAAGCAUAUUGUAUCACAGAAAUAUAGCUAGGCAAAUGUUCGAGGAGUGGCGGAGUAGUGAACAAUUUCGUUUGCAUAGCGUGCAGGAGAAAUGGAUGUGGAGGCAGUCCUUCAGGACUUUUGGCAUUGUGUCCUUCCUAUACAUUACAUGUAGCUUCAGCGUCGUGGUCUAUGCAUUCGCAGCAGUCUUGUUUCUUAACACCUACCAGCUACCAUUCCCCUAUUGGACGCCAUUUAAUUGGAAUCAACCGAUUUAUUACUGGUACGCCUACUUCUAUGGGGCCUUGGCGACGCCACUGACCUGCAUUUCCAACAUCACCCUGGACAUGUGGCAGUGCUACAUCAUGUUGCACUUGGCUGUCUGCUACAAACUAAUUGCCAUGCGCCUACAGCAACUGAAUGGUAACCCCAAGGAGGCAAACAGGAACGUUACGAAGGACAUAAUUCGAAUUGUACAAUUCGAACAGAAAGUGAAGAGAAUGUCGAAGCAAUGUGAAAGCAUCGUUUCGUACCCAGUGUUGGCACAAAUUUUACUGAGUGCAUUGGUUCUUUGCUUCAGCCUUUAUCGUCUGCAGAAUGUCAACUUCUUUGACGAUCCGGGCAAAUUCGCAUAUCUCGUGCAGUAUGCGGUAUGUAUGACAUUCCAGAUAUUCCUUCCCUGUUACUAUGCCAACAAAUUGACGGUGGAAUCCUUGCGACUUAUGGACAGUGCCUACAACUGCAAUUGGAUGGAAAUGGCAUUGCCUGACCGGCGCAUUAUACUGCUGUAUAUGCAGUACUUGAAUAGGCCAGUGGUUCUGAGAACGGGCAAAUUCUUCGACAUCGGAUUACCCGUGUACACGAAGACCAUGAACAAUGCCUACAGUUUUUUCGCUUUGCUGCUCAACAUGGACAUGUAA